GAACUUCCCCCAUCUCGCAGUCAUGGCUGUCGCUCGCCAAGCUUUUUCUUUUGGGUUUAUCUUCACUAACAUCAAUAAGUAUCCAUAUCGCCAUGACCUUGCUUCCAAAUCUCUCCUGUUUCUCUGCUCCAAUUCUUUUACACCCAUCUCUCUCUCUGUACCUCCAUCUUCUUCGCCCUCUUACCAUUCUUCAUCCCCUAUUUUCCUCCCUUUCUUACAACAACACCCAGAAACUAAAAACCAUGAAGAAGAAGACAAUGGCGAAGAAGAAGAAGGAGACGAGGAGGGUGAGCUAAAAGACCCGGUGCUUAGAUUCUUCAAGUCUCGCAUCUCCACUAAAGACCCGCCUCGAGAGGGAAAAUUCUCUCUCCAAAAAAAUCGCCGUUCUUCUUGGCAUCUCGCUCCCGACAUCAACUCCAUCCAUGAAGCCGAAUCUGAUACUGAAUCAGAUAAUGAAAACAUUCUCACAGAAAAGAAAGGAGAGAUGGGUCCUUUAGAUACCCAUCCGACUGCAUUACCAAAGGGUGUUGUGGGAGAAAUUAUGCAAGUUGUCCAGAGUCUACCGCAGAAUACCACUUUAGGGGAGAUGUUAGGAGGUUUUGAAGGAAGGGUUAGUGAGAGAGAUUGUGUGGAGACGUUGGUCCUGAUGGGUCAACAUGGUCAACUGACUUGCUGCUUGUACUUGUUUGAGUGGAUGGGAUUGCAGGAGCCAUCUCUGGUAACACCCCGUGCAUGUUCCGUUUUGUUUCCAUUGCUAGGAAAGGCAGGGAUGGGAAAUGAGUUGGUGGUUUUGUUUAGGAAUUUGCCUCAGACGAAGGAGUUCAGGGAUGUUCAUGUUUAUAAUGCUGCCAUUUCCGGUCUUCUCGCCUGCGGAAGAUAUGAUGAUGCAUGGAAGGCAAAUGAAGCAAUGGAAACAAAUAAUGUCUUUCCAGAUCAUGUUACGUGUUCUGUAAUGAUCACAAUCAUGAGGAAAGAUGGCCAUAGUGCAAAAGAUGCAUGGGACUUCUUUGAGAAAAUGAACAGAAAAGGAGUCAAAUGGAGUCCAGAGGUUUUAGGUGCUCUAAUAAAAUCAUUCUGUGAUGAGGGGCUGAAGAAUGAAGCCCUAGUUAUCCAAUCAGAAAUGGAGAAGAAAGGCGUCCCUUCAAACGCCAUCGUUUACAACACUUUAAUGGAUGCUUACGGUAAAUGUAAUCAGAUUGAAGAAGUUGAAGGCCUCUUUGCUGAGAUGAAAGCUAAAGGCCUUGUGCCUACAUCUGCUACCUUUAACAUUCUCAUGGAUGCAUACAGCAGAAGAAUCCAGCCAGAGAUCAUUGAAAAGUUGUUGUUAGAAAUGCAGGGAAUGGGUUUAGAGCCAAAUGCUAAAUCAUAUACGUGCCUCGUAAGUGCAUAUGGGAGGCAGAAGAAGAUGAGUGACAGGGCUGCAGAUGCAUUCUUGAGGAUGAAGAAAGUGGGUAUAAAACCAACUUCGCAUUCAUAUACAGCUCUAAUUCAUGCAUAUUCAGUCAGUGGCUGGCAUGAGAAAGCUUAUGUUGCAUUUGAAAAUAUGCAAAAAGAAGGUAUAAAACCCUCGACAGAGACGUACACAGCUCUCCUGGAUGCAUUUAGGCGUGCUGGUGAUACACAGAGGUUGAUGAAAAUAUGGAAAUUAAUGAUCCAUGAAAAAAUCAAAGGCACUCAGGUAACUUUCAACACUCUUCUUGAUGGAUUUGCUAAGCAAGGCCAGUAUGCUGAAGCAAGGGAUGUGAUCUCUGAAUUUGGAAAGAUGGGCUUACAACCAACAUUGAUGACAUAUAACAUGUUAAUCAACGCAUAUGCACGAGGCGGACAACACUCAAAAUUGCCGCAACUUUUAAAAGAGAUGGCAGCUCUCAGUCUAAAACCUGAUUCCGUUACCUAUUCAACCAUGAUCUACGCCUACAUUCGAGUUUGUGAUUUCAAGAGGGCAUUUUUUUACCACAAGCAAAUGGUAAAAAGUGGACAAGUGCCAGAUUUGAAGUCUUAUGAAAAGCUUAGGGCGAUCUUGGAUGUCAAAGCUGCUAUGAAGAAUCGGAAGGACAGGAGUGCUAUACUCGGAAUUAUCAAUAGCAAACUGGGUAGGGUAAAAGCUAAGAAGAAGGGAAAGAAAGAUGAAUUCUGGAAAAAUAAGAGAAGUCUUAAGACCUAAUAGUACUCGCCAGGAUGCAUAGUGACAUGAUUGACAGUAGAGAUGUUUUUCUGUAAGUCUUUACUGAGAUAUUAAAAUACAAUCUCAGCAGCUGCCACCAAGCACAAUUACAAUUAGGUUUUUCACGGUGAAGGAUUCCUAAUUCCCCAAUGCUGUUUUACUUGAAUAGUCGAUUCAAGCAAAGUGCCAGUUUCUAGAUGCUACUACCUGGUAAUUUUGGUUGUUCAUAUAGAAUUAUGCUCUAUAUUUUUUCGGAAUAUGUUUGAAUAAAUAAUUGAAAACAAAAAUGUGUGUGAACAUCAGAAGUA